GGCUGGGAGCGCGGCGGGCGAGCGGGCCUGGAGUUGCAGCCCGGCCCGGAGGAGCCAGGCGUGGUCGGGAACGGCGUGCACGGUCGCUCACCAGCUCCACCUCGCCGGUCCCGAGUCCAGCUAAUUAACUAGCUUCCGUCAUUCAUCAACAUGCGUCUAUUGGGCAUCUCGCGAGCUCCAGGCCACGUGCCGGCGCCGGGAUGCACCCACCGGGGGGCGGCCGCGCCCGGGGCUCGAACGAAUGCGGGGGGCCCUAGCCAGCCCCGGGGGGAGUCACGGGGAGCCCGAGGCGGCCGUGUUUAUUGGGAGAUCGGGGCGUUUUCACAGACAUGGACACUUGGGCCCGGAGGAGGCGAGGGGCACCCACUCGGCCACUCCGGCCGCACCGCGGGGUCUUGGCCCUCGCAGGGACGCAGGCCGACCACGGAGGGGAACGCUGGCGGGGACGUGCCUGCGGCGGAGGAGAUCCCGCGGUGCCGGCCGCAGGCCAAGGAGAGGCCGCCGCGCAGCGCGAGGCUUCUGGGAACUUGGCAGACACAGAUUAGAGACACCCGCCGGCGAGCUUCGUUGUUGUCCUUCUGGGAUCUCGUUCCCAUGAGAGCAGAACCUCUGCGAAAGAAGAAGAAGGUAGAUCCUAAAAAAGACCAAGCAGUAAAGGACCGUUUGAAAAAGAGGAUCCGACGACUGGAAAAGGCUAGCCAGGAGCUAAUUCCCAUUGAAGAUUUUAUUACACCUGUGAAGUUCUUGGAUCAAGCACGUUCCAUCUGUGAUUGGCAAUGGGAGGCUUGCGUCAUAUGUGACUACCGAGACUCUCUGGCCAGGAAGGUCAGUGCUCCCCAGCUUCCCACCUUUGGAUUUGUGUGUUCCCAGACAGCGGCCUCACACAGAGCUCCCCUUUGAGGAAGGCGAGCGGAGAGCUCUGCUCCUGAAGAAGUGGUCCCUGUACAAGCAGCGAGAGCAUGAGAUGGAGAGGGACACCAUCAGGUCCAUGCUUGAGGCCCAGCAGGAAGCUCUGCAGGAGCUACAACUCAUGUCCCCAGAGCUCCAUGAGGAGGCCAUCAAGCGGGACCCCUGUCUGUUCCCCUUUGAGAGAGAAGGGCCAGAUUACACGCCACCGGUCUCCAACUACCAGCCCCCUGAAGGCAGGUACCAGGACAUCACCAAGGUAUACACACAGGUGGAGUUCAAGAGAUAGAGCUGCAGGCAGCCGUCCACAGAACACAUUGCCCCUGAGAGCCAGACGGACCCAGGCUCCAGCCUGCCUGUCACAGAAUCAGGCAUGCUGUGAAUAAAUAUAAGUUUAAUCAAG